UUGCUCUUCAAUACUGAUGGCUUUGGAUUGCUCUACACUGCUUCCCCAAACUAUUGAACAGCAGGGUACGUCAUAAUGUCAUACCCACAGGGGCGGACUGACAACUCAUGGGGCCCCCGGGCAAUAGGGGAUCAUGGGGUCCCUGUGUCCUUGCCCAAACUCAAAAAAGCCUAUGAAAAAGGUACCAGGGGCAUCUCAUGGGGCCCCCUACUGACCCCGGGCCCUCGGGCAGUGCCCGAGUUUCCAAAUGGUCAGUCCGCACCUGCA